AUGACCCUCCAGGCCUCCUUGCCGCCGCCCUGGCAUGCGGUGCGCGACUGCAAGAUCUACAUCCUGGAUCUCUCUACGGAUGUUGCCCCUGCGCUGGGAAUACCUCAGUGCGACAUCAAUGACCCAAAGGUCAGGAUGAUCAUGUGCGGCCCUGAGGCCGUUCGUGAGUGCCUUGUGAUGCUGUUUGCCAUGCCAGCUCAGAUGUGUAUCUCCAAUGCGAUGGAACUGCAGGUGUGGCCUCUUGCCGAGCCGGGGGAGCUGCCGUGGAGCAUGCAGCACAUGAAGGCGAUGCCGCACAUGCACUUCCAGUAUGCCGGGCAGUACUGGCUGACACAGGCGCUCAGAAAUGCCAGCGGCGUGCUGACUGACAACAUCGACGAGGCAUGCCUGGUCUGGGUGGACACAUACUGCUAUCAUCAGAAACUGGCCGAUGUUGGGGAUUUGGCAGCUCCCAUUGUGGGAUCUCAGAGACCAACAUUUCUUUACAUGGCUGCCUCGUGCCAGAAGGGCAACGACAACUGCGGCAAGUUCAUGCGAUAUUCCGCAGCUGUUGCCUUCAACGACACUGCGCCCGACGUCCAGGUCAUGUGCACCACAUCCAAGGAUUCCAAGUCGUACUCAGAAGUGCAGCUGGAGAUGCGAAACUCUGUCUUUUGCCUGCUUCCCCCAGGCGACUACCCCUGUAGCAACCGCCUGUCGGAGGCCAUUCUGUCCGGCUGCAUCCCCGUGUUCAUUGGGCCGCCCUGGCAUGAGAUACCUUUCCACCGCGGCGAGGUUGAUUGGGCCUCCAUGGCGGUGUUCCUCAACAUUACGUCGGAGCCCAGCUGGCUGGAGAGUCCUGACUGUCGGUCCAAACAGCAAAAGUGGUACCAGUCUGCGGAUGUUGGGUUUGCAACUGUUGCUGUUCCAGACCUGCCAGCGGCGUAUGAAUACCUGCGGAGAAUGCCCAAGGAUGCCUUGCAGAGGCACCAGGCGGCGCUGGAGCGGGUAAUUGUUGUUGUGCUGCACUUUGUGGAGGCUCACAGGCACUGCCUUGGUCUGUUUGCGCCCUGA